AAACUGAAAAAAAAAUCUGAUACAUUUUCAAACCCUUAAUCAACAACAACAUAAGGCCUCAAAAUACUGCUAACUCAAUCGUACGAUCCCCAAAAAAAUCAACGAUGAAGAUCAGAUCAAUGAAGCUGCGUGAAGCUCACAAGAGCGACGACGGUGUGAGCUCCCACUGUACGAUACUGUGGGACCGCACCGCGGAGCACAUCGUAACGGCGUCUUCUUCCGAUGUUUCCGUUUCAAUACACGACGCUCUGUUGCCGUCAGUUACUCCGAAAGUUGUUCGUUAUCAUAAAGAUGGCGUCACUGCGUUGGCUCUCAGCCCUAAUUCCACCUGUCUUGCUUCUGGAUCUAGUGACCGAUCCGUUAAACUGUACAAGUUUCCUGGAGGAGAGUUCGAGUCCAAUAUUAGCCGAUUUACGCUUCCCAUACGCGCUUUGUCCUUCAACAGACAGGGUACCAUGCUGGCAGCUGGGGGUGACGAUGACGGUAUCAAACUUAUUAAUACAAUAGAUGGUUCAAUUGCCAGGGUUUUGAAAGGGCACAGAGGGUCCAUCACAGGUAUAGCUUUCGAUCCGAAAAGCGAGUACUUAGCAUCUGUUGACUCAGUUGGAACCGUUAUUAUUUGGGAGCUCCAGUCCGGUACAACAAUCCACAACCUCAAAAAUAUCGCUCCUAGUACUUCUUCCGACUUUUCAACGUUAACCGCACUUGGCUGGAGUCCAGACGGUGAAACACUAGCUGUUUCCGGCUUGAAAAAUGACGUGGUUAUGUACGAUAGAGACACCGCUGAAAAACUAUUUACGUUAAGAGGCGAGCACACGCAACCAGUGUGUUUCUUGGGUUGGUCGCUUAACGGAAAAUACGUUGCUACAUCUGGAUUAGAUAAACAAGUUUUGAUAUGGGACGUUGAUAAGAAACAAGACAUCGAACGACAGAAGUUCGAUGAAUUAAUAUGUUGCUUGGCAUGGAAGCCACAUGGCAACGCGUUAGCUGUCAUCGACGUUAUGGGGAAGUAUGGUAUCUGGGAUAUGGUUAUACCGUCAUCUAUGAAAUCUCCUACAGAAGGACUUCCUGAUUCAAUCUCGCAAAAAAGUGACGGUUUACUUUUUUUCGAAGAGGAAGAACAUGAGCCGAGUAUAUCCGGCAGUUUAAGCGAUCACGGUGAAGAUAGCCUUGUUGGUUCCGAACCACCUAACAGGAAACGCUUAAGACAGUUUCAAUAUGAUGAAGAUUCAGAUGAGGAUAAGAGUUUGCUUCCGGAAGUCGAAUCUCGCAAAAAGCCUUACGUUUCCGGUAAGGAAAGCGUGAAAAACCGAAACGUCGCGUCAGCAGGUCCAGUGGCUGUUCCGGGUCCAAUAAUGCAGGAAGCUUUUCAGUCCGGUUCUACUCCUGUACAGCCUGGUAAAAGGCGGUUUUUAUGUUAUAAUAUGCUUGGAAGUAUAACCACGAUGAAGCACGAUGAAUACUCUCAUAUAGAGAUCGAUUUUCAUGACACCGGAAGUGGGCCCCGAGUUCCUGCAAUGACAGAUCACUUUGGUUUCACCAUGGCUUCGUUGAAUGAAAACGGAAGUGUCUUUGCGAAUCUCUGCAAAGGGGAGAAAAACAUGAGCACUCUCAUGUACCGUCCGUUUAAAAGCUGGGCGAAUAAUAGCGAGUGGUAUAUGCGAUUCGAAGAAGAAGAAGUAAGAGCGGUAGCACUAGGAUCUUCUUGGGUUGCUGCUGUUACAAGUUUAAAUUUUCUUCGCAUUUUCACCGAGGGUGGUUUGCAGAGGCAUGUGGUUUCUCUUGAUGGACCGGUAGUGACUGCAUCGGGCUUUGGAGAUGAACUUGCAGUGGUCACACAUUCGUCUCCUCCCCUCCCUACAAACGAGCAGAUGCUAACGUUUGAAGUGUUUAAUGUUUCUAACGGAACACAACCUAUUAAAGGGCGGUUGCCAUUGAGUCCCGGCGCAUGUUUGACCUGGUUUGGUUUUAGUGAAGAAGGUCAACUAAGUUCAUUCGAUUCCAUGGGUGUUCUCCGUGUGUUUACUAACCAGUACGGAGGCAGAUGGAUCCCACUCUUCAGUGCGAGUAAAUUAAAGAAGAAAGAUGAAAACUAUUGGAUGGUUGGAUUGAACUCAAGCAAGUUGUUUUGCAUUCUAUGCAAAUCCCCUGAUAAAUUCCCACAGGCUGUCCCUAAACCAGUUCUUACACUGUUGGAUCUUUCGAUUCCUCUUGCAUCAUCCGAUCUGGGAGCCGAAAAUCUUGAAAACGAGUUCAUUCUGAGCAACAUGCAUCUAUCCCAGAUCCAAAGGCUGAUUCAAGAAACAGAGGCACGGGGUCAGGAUGCCACAUCACUCGACGAUGAGGCCCUUAACUCGGAAGCAGCUUUGGAUAGAUGCAUUUUGAGGCUCAUUGCAUCCUGCUGUACAGGUGAUAAACUUGUGAGGGCUAUAGAACUUGUAAAGCUUCUUUCGAUGGAGAAAUCUGUUAGAGGUGCAAUAAAGCUUGUGACCGCAAUGAAGCUACCAAAUUUGGCAGAAAGGUUCAACUCCAUACUGGAGGAAAGAUUACUCGAACAAGAAGCCAAAGAGACUAUUCUUAAAGAAACAACAGAGCUCAAGGUUACCGAUACUAAUACGAGCAAAACAACAGAGUCCAAGAAUGCUGCUGAUACUAACAUGAGCAAAACGUUUACAACGCCAGAUGUCUUCAAGGCUCCAGAACCCGUGAACGGGAUACAAUCUGGUCAACUGUCAUCACCUUCUUUUGCGAAGAAAAAGAAGACCGAAGAGCCAGCUAAGGUUGUGAAUGUGCCAGAACCGAAAUCUAGUACCAAAUCUGAAAAUAAUGGUUUACUGAAGAAAAAUAUUGGUGAGGUGAAACAAGUAGAGGGUCAACGGUCAACUAACCCGUUUGCAAAAUCCUCAAAUAAUCAAGAAAAAACUUCACUGUUAGAUUCUCUUAAAAAGAUGAAGAAGAAUGAUGAUGGAGGAAAAAAAUAAGGCGUGGAGGAAGAAUUGCAAUUGGGUCGUUUGCAUAUGUAUAUACAACUUGAUUUGCGCCGAUGGUUUCCUUGUAUUAGUAGUCUGCAAAACGGUUUAAUUAAAGUAUCGAGCUUUCAAGGCGCAGGCAUUCUCGUUUCAAGUCGAUUUUGAGAUGGAUGAUGUUCGAUCUGGUUCGGGAAUUGUUAGCAUUUUAAGUGGUUAAUUUUUUUUUUUUUUUUUUUUUUGCAUGGAUUGUUUUGGUAUAUGUUAUCGUUGCUGGUUUAAAUUUUUGUAUCUGUUUCACUUGA